CCACCCAGGACUGCCACCUCCCGACGUCUCAGAUAUGGAGUGUGACCCUCCAAGAAUUAACGAUAAACUAAUGAGGUUCUUUGAUCAUUGUGAGAAGUUUUUAACUGAUGUGGAAAGAAAUGCUACAGCUCUUCAUCAUGUGGAAGCCUUCAAAACUGGACCAGAAAUGCAGAAGGUUUUAAAGAAAGUUGCAGCUACUUUGCAAGUGCCCGUGAACAAUUUAAAUGCAGACUUAAUUCAGGUAGCUUUUUUCACCUGUUCAUUUGACCUGACAAUUAAAGGUGUCCAUUCUCCCUGGUGUGAUGUGUUUGACGUAGAUGAUGCAAGGGUUCUGGAAUACUUAAAUGAUCUGAAACAGUACUGGAAACGAAGCUAUGGCUAUGCCAUGAACAGCCGGUCCAGCUGCAACCUGUUUCAGGACAUUUUUCUACACCUGGACAAAGCAGUUGAGCAGAAGCAAAGGUCUCAGCCAGUCUCUUCUCCAGUCAUCCUCCAAUUUGGUCAUGCAGAGACGCUCCUACCGCUGCUCUCGCUCAUGGGCUACUUCAAGGACAAGGAGCCCCUGACGGCAUACAAUUUUGAGGAGCAAGUCCAUCGCCAGUUCCGAAGUGGUAGAAUCGUACCUUACGCCACAAACCUAAUAUUCGUGCUUUACCAUUGUGAAAAUGCACAAACCCCUGAAGAAAAAUUCCAGAUACAG